AUGGUUUCAGAAUUCUUUGGAACCUUUGCUAGUUAUAUUGUCAGAUUGCAUAAAAAUACUGUCCAUAACCAGCAGUUAUCUUAUAACAAUCUUCAGUCUAGUGCAGUUUGGUCUCCACCCAAGUUGCCAUUCUUAACUGUCAAUUGUGAUGGUUCUUUUGACUCCAACACAGGACUAGCUGGAACUUCUUGUAUUUCGCGUGAUUUUGCAGGCACUUGGAGAGGAUGCGCAACAAAAUGCUAUGCAGGAAUAAGAGAUGCUGAGCAAGCUGAAUGCCUGUCACUUCUCGAUGCUGUCAGAUGGAGUAAAAAGAUGCACCUUACAGAUGUGAUAUUCGAAACUGAUCUAAAGAAUAUUGCAGAUUACAUUAACAAAGCAUCACCAGUUAUAGCAUGGGAAAAUGAAGGCAUUUUGCUUGAUGUUUUAGUAGUUUUAAAGUCUUUUCAUGGCUGGGAAUGCAAGUACAUUCAUAGACUUUGUAAUAAAGCAGCGGAUAAGCUUGCCAAGUUUAGUAGAAGGUCUAGAGUAAGUCAGGUCUGA